AUGGCCAACGCUUUGGAGGAUCUCGAGAAAACCCUCGAGACCAGCUCUCAAGUGCACAUCUCAGGUCUCCACCCUUCCAUCGACAGCCAUCCCCCUGCUGCCGCCGCCGCUGCUGCGCCCCCCAUCCCGCCCUCCGCCCGCCCCUCCUCCUCUUCCUCCCCCUCCUCCCUCUCCCCCUCUCUCUCCAACUCCCCCGCCAUCCGUCCCACCGCCUCUUCCUCCUCCUCUCACCCCUCCAUACAUAACUCAGCGUCCUUCUCUCUCGACCGCUCGUCACUGACCUCUCUGAUUGGUGCUCACGGCAAGGAGCCCUUCCUCAUUGGCGUGUCAGGAGGGACGGCCUCAGGCAAGACAACAGUGUGUGAGCAGAUCAUUCAACAACUGCACGACCACCGGGUGGUGCUGGUGCACCAGGACUCCUUCUACCGAGGGUUGACAGAGGAGGAGCUGAAACACGCCACUGAUUUUAAUUUUGAUCAUCCUGACGCUUUUGACACGGACGCUCUGCUUUCAACCAUCGUUUCUCUAAAGGAGGGGCAAUCAGUGGAGAUCCCAGUGUAUGACUUCAAGACACACCAACGGAGCACGGCCGUGAGGAAGACCAACCCUGCGGAUGUCAUCAUUCUCGAAGGCAUUCUGGUGUUCCACGAGGCGAGGGUGCGAGGGCUGAUGAACAUGAAGGUUUUUGUGGAUACAGAUGCCGACGUGCGAUUGGCCAGGAGGAUUCGCAGAGAUACGCUGGAGCGAGGGCGAGACGUGCAAGGGGUGAUUGACCAGUACGCUCGUUUUGUCAAGCCGGCCUUCGAUGAUUUCGUCCUUCCAUCCAAGAAAUUUGCUGACAUCAUCAUUCCAAGAGGGGGUGACAACCACGUGGCAGUGAACCUGAUAGUGCAGCACAUAGGGUCCAAGCUGGGGCAGCAUGACCUGAGGAAGAUCUACAGCAACGUACACGUUAUAGAGUCAACGUUCCAGGUGAGGGGCAUGCACACGCUCAUUCGCAACCGGGACACCAAGAAGCACAACUUUGUCUUCUACGCCGACCGACUCAUUCGCCUCCUGGUGGAGCAUGGGUUGGGCCACCUCCCUUUCACCGAGAUUCAAGUCACCACCCCCACAGGCUCCACGUAUGUGGGAAUCAACUUCAGCAAGAAGCUCUGUGGAGUGUCCAUCAUUCGAAGUGGCGAGAGCAUGGAGAAUGCACUUAGAGCGUGCUGCAAGGGAGUGAAGAUUGGAAAGAUUCUGAUUCACAGAGAGGGGGACUAUGGCAAGCAGGGAGUGAAGAUGGGCCGAACACCCAUCCAUAGGGACGGCGACUUUGGCAAGCAGCUCAUAUACGAAAAACUCCCAAGGGACAUCGCACAGAGGCAUGUGAUGCUGCUAGACCCUGUUCUCGCCUCAGGCCGCUCUGCAAUAAAGGCUAUCGAAUUGUUGCUGCACCGAGGGGUGCCAGAGGAGCGAAUCAUCUUCCUUAACCUCAUCUCGGCCCCAGAGGGCAUUCACAACGUGUGUCGGCGCUUCCCCCAGCUCAAGAUAGUGACCUCAGAGAUCGACUCGGGGAUUAACGAGGAGUACAGAGUGGUUCCGGGAAUGGGCGAGUUUGGGGACAGAUACUUUGGCACAGAGGAGGGGGAUGCUGGGAAGGAUGAUGAGAGGGAUGGCAACGGGGAUGCUUUUGAGGCGUCUUGA